AUGUCUGUCGUUCUCCAGCAGCCUUCCCACCCAUCGUCCUUUCGCGCCGACCGAGAUGGGCAAGCUUUCGAAGCGCUCUGCGAUGAGAUUGAGCAUGCCGACAUUGCAUCAGAUCAAGCCUUCAAAGCUAAACAACAGACAGACGAAGACAAAGCUUCCGAGUUUGAUGCUGGAAAAGACAAGACUCGGUUUCGCCAGUACGAAAAUGCCUGUGACCGAGUCAAGAACUUCUACCUCGAGCAACACACUAAGCAGACUGUCGCUUACAAUCUGAAGGCUCGACAUGCCUUCCGCUCCAAAACUCGUGCCGAAAUGUCCAUCUGGGAAGCAAUGGAACGCCUUAACACUCUCAUUGAUGAGUCUGACCCCGAUACCGAGCUUGGUCAGAUCGAGCACCUGCUUCAGUCCGCGGAGGCUAUGCGCCGCGACGGUCGACCACGUUGGAUGCAGGUGACCGGACUCAUCCACGACCUAGGGAAGCUGCUGUUCUUCUUCGAUGCUGACGGACAAUGGGAUGUUGUCGGUGACACAUUCGUCGUCGGGUGCGCGUUUGACGAUCGGAUCAUCUAUGGCAACAAGUCAUUCUGUGCCAACCCGGACUUUAACGAUCCGAUUUACAGCACCAAGAGUGGCAUCUACACGCCUGGCUGCGGUCUUGACAACAUUAUGCUGUCGUGGGGCCACGAUGAGUAUCUCUAUCACGUUGUCAAGACUCAAUCAACACUUCCAGAUGAAGCUCUUGCGAUGAUACGAUACCACAGCUUCUACCCUUGGCACCAACAGGGCGCCUACAGAGAAUUCAUGAACGGGAAGGACCAUGAGAUGCUCAAGGCAGUUAAGAAGUUCAACCCCUAUGACCUUUACAGCAAAAGUGAUGAGAGACCCGAUAUUGAAAAGCUCAAGCCCUACUACUUGGAGCUGAUUGAUGAGUUCUUCCCAACGAAAGUACUGAAAUGGUAG